CUAGUGCGCGUCGGCGGCAGGGCGGGUCGGGCUGAGGCUGCCGCUGAGAUGAAAUUCCCGGGCUCCGUCCUCAUCUCGCUCGUCCUCUUCGUGUCCGAGACGGCGGCCGCGGUCUGCCUGAGCAGGGGGUACCGCGACCAGGGGGACCACAUAUGGCGGAUGCUGACGCUGCUGUUCGCCCUCGUGCCCUGCGCGCUGGUGCAGCUCAGCCUUUACUUCAUCCACCGCGACGUGACCCGCGACCGCCCGCUGGUGCUGCUGCUGCACCUGCUGCAGCUGGGGCCGCUCGUCAGGUGUGUGGAAGCCUUUUAUAUUUACUUCAGUGCUGAAAGAGUUGAAGAGCCCUAUGUCAGCAUCACAAAGAAGAGGCAGAUGCCCAAGGAUGGGUACACAGAAGAAAUUGAGAAGGAAGUGGGACAGGCUGAAGGCAAGCUGUGCACACACAGGUCUGCGUUCAGCAGGGCCUCUGUGAUCCAGGCGUUCCUCGGCUCAGCGCCCCAGCUCACGCUCCAGCUCUACAUCUGUAUCCUGCAGCAGGAGGUCACAGUUGCCAGAUGUAUUUUUAUGGUGCUGUCUCUCCUGUCGAUUGUUUACGGCGCCUUACGCUGCAACAUCCUGGCUAUUAAGAUAAAGUACGACGAUUACGAUGUCCAUGUGAAACCUGCUGCCUACCUCUGCAUAUUCAUGUGGAGGAGCUUUGAGAUCGCCACCCGCGUCGCCGUGUUGGUGCUCUUCGGUUCAGUCCUUCGAGUCUGGGUUUUCCUCGUCGUGCUAUUGAAUUUCUUAGGUUUCUUCUUCUACCCAUGGAUUCACUUCUGGCUUAGCCAGUCACCAUUUCCUGAGAACAUAGAGAAGGAAUUGAGCAGGCUGGGCACUACCAUCGUCCUGUGCCUUCUCACACUGCUGUACGCUGGCAUUAACAUGUUCUGCUGGUCGGCAGCGCAGGUGGAGCUCAGUGACCCUGACUUGAUCAGCAAAUCCCAGAACUGGUACCAGAUGACCGUGUACUACAUCGUGCGGCUGAUGGAGAACGCCUUCCUCCUGCUGUUGUGGUACAUUUAUAGGACAGACUUCUACCUGUAUGUCUGCGCCCCUAUGUUGGUCCUGCAGCUCCUGAUAGGUUAUUGCAUGGGCAUCUUCUUCAUGUUGGUGUUCUACCAGUUCUGUCACCCAUGCAAAAAGCUUUUCUCCUCCAGCAUAACCGAAGCUUUGUUUUCCUGUUUCGAAAUCCUCUACAUUAUUUGCCAGCACCACAAAUCUGCUCUACUGAAAGGCAAGGUGGCGAUGAAAUCUCCUGAAAAUACUGGUGAAGCACAGGACAGUAGCAAGACAAUAGAUCCUCAAAACAGGAGUGCUCAUCAAAGUGCUUCUUCCAAUGCCUAGUACAACUGGAAGCAAGUAGGUGCCUACGGAAGGUGGCAGAUCACGUGCUGGGAACGUUGUGUAUCUUAGACAUUGUGUCUUGUGGGUAGGAUUUCUUUCUUGCAGGUAUAGCACUGCAUGAUGGCUGACACGCCUGUUUUUGUGGAGAACAGUGUAUGAGUAUUUGUGUCUGUGUGUGUUUGUGUACGGAGAGCAAUCGUUGUUUGUAGAUUUCUAUUUCAGAGCAUUUUUGCACAUAGGUUUAUUGUCACAUGCUUAUUUUAAGUCAUUAUGGCAAACAUCAAUUAGAAACUGAUGCUCAUCUUACUCAGGAAGUCUGAGCAUGGAAGACAAUGAAUUUUAUUUCAGAUAGGAUGGCCCAUGGCAUGCCACCCUAGCAUGGAAACAGAGCUUAGACCUGGACUAUGCAUGGACUAUAGGUGUGGUCUGCUUUGAUCAAAUUGUAGACUAUUUUACACUCUAAUCAGUGUAAUAAGAUAAUACUUCUCUCAGAGGCAGAAGAAUUGGACUUGCACAAUGCAUUGUAGUUUGGGUUGCCAUGAAACAGCCAAUUAGCCAGCACUAACAUGGAAAUGUGACUGUUACUGAGGAUGGACAGAGGGGUUAUUGGCUUUGCACUGUUUCACCCUUCAUGUUUACUCCUUGUUAGUAAGGGAAUUAAAUUUAACACAUUAAUUGUGAUGUUCUGGAAUACCUCAUUUUUCCUUCAUUAUCUUUAACACUUUGUGAUGUUCUGGUGUCAGGGUGGUGUUCACUUUAUGCAAAUAUCUAGAGGCUGGCCAGACAGUGUGUGCCAGUCAUGUUGGUGCUCUCCGGUGCACAUCUCCAGAGAGUGACUCACCCCACCUCAAAAUGCAGGUGAUAUGAAUCACUAUGGAGACCUGUUACUCAGUGUUAACCAGAUGCCUUCACAAUUAGAUCUGACUAUCCAUCUUCCUUUUAGAUGGCUGAAGUUAGAGAGAUGAGCACUACCCUGAUUGUCAGGGGUUUGGUAGUACAUCAAGUAGGCAGCUCAUUGACUUUUUCUACUGGCAUAGAAGACGCUGGUUCCUUCUUUUUGAGCUGUGAUUUGUUAUGAUUAGUUUCACAUCAUUAAUUCAAAACUCUCUGACUUCUUUACCUGAGGAGUAUCACAACCCUGAAGUCUGAAAGAGAAAAUGGAAGUCAUUGACUUUUUGUUCUCAGCAAUACAUCACCACAAAUAAAAGUGUUUCAGUAUUUUGCAAGUUUCUGAGAAAGCUUUAGCAGAUGAACAGCCAAGAAUUUAGUGAAAUCACACAAACCCAUAUAUAUUUUCACAAAUUAAGUGAAAGCUUUUUGCACUUUGUUUGAUUAGCACCUUCCUUACAUUUCUUUUGUGUGUUACACAUUAUGGCUGCUCAUGGAAACAAAUAAUUGAUGACCCAAAGCAUCUCCCAGUGUCCAAAGCUUAGCUUCCAUUCUGUCAUCACGCAGGAUGUGAAGCUCUUAACAGGGAUGAUAUCAUCAUAAUUGUUUUAGAAGUGUCUAAAACUCAGGUCUGGGGUCGCCUGCAGUGCUGCAAAGACAUAACCUGCUUUUAUUUUUUUAUUUACUACAAUGUAAAUUAAUGUCUUUUUCAGUUUUAUUAUGGAGUUAUGUUUUCAUUUUAUUUAAUAUGUGUCUGUGUAUGGUAUAUAUAUGUAGAUGUAAUUAAAUUAAUGGUGGGUGGUA